ACCGAUUGAACGACAGCGCAGAGGCAAAAACAUCAUGUGAAGAACGAAAACUGAACACUAAAAGAUCCUGAGAGGUUUAGAGCAAAGGGGAACAAUUUGUUUGUUUCACCAUAACCGCGGGGGCCAGCGGGGAUCGGCGGAAAGUGGAUGGAAAUACUAGGAAGAGGAGCAGUGCAGUGUAACCAGCGGUGGCAGACAUAUAGACAAUGCCUACGAGUGAUGGCCAAGGCAGAUACCCAGUUUUUGCGGCCCCGCCCCCUGGCAACCACCAGAGAUCACCUGGUUACGUGCCCGGACGGGUGGUACCGGUCCGAUCACCACCUCCAGCCAAGGCCCCCCCACCUCCCCCGAUAAAACCUCAUGGUCCACCCCCACAGAGACCUGCCCCGUACAGCCGGACAGAGGACAGACGUCAGAAUUUACAAAGAAGAAAGAACACACUCAUUUGUUUUGGGGCCUCCAUGUGCACUUUCCUCCUGUCACUUAUUCUCAUCUUCAGCCUCUCAAAGCAUGAUGUGCUGGAUGAAAAUUGUCCAGAUCAUAAUCCUUCUCUGAGCAGCUGGAAUCCAGGCCAUCGACCAGACAAGUCCAUUGUCGUCAGAAAGGGACAUUUAUUUAGACUAGAAACCUCUGCUACGUUUCUAUCCCUAACAAUCCAAUCAGGAGGCAGAGUAGUUUUUGCAGACAGCCCUGAUGGAGCCAAAAACAUAACCCUCAGAACUGGGUACAUCCUCAUAGAAGAUGGUGGAGCUCUGCACAUUGGCGGUCCCAAAUGUCGAUAUCGUUCUCAUGCAUCUAUCGCACUGAUGGGUCGCUCAGACAGCCAAGCUCUCGUCGAUGUACCUAUCUUUGGCCGCAAGUUCAUUGGGGUCAUGAGUGGUGCAGUGCUGGAACUGCAUGGCACUGAAAGAAUCUCCUGGUCUCUGCUAACUCGCACCAUCCCAGUUUCUGGUUUAUCCACUGGAGGUUAUGCUUUACAACAAAACUUUAGCCGAGGCAUUAAUCUGCGUGUGGUGGACCAGGACACCUCUGCUGUCCUGUUGUUUGAGCGCUACGACACUCAUGAUUCCCGUAAUGACAGUCACCGGCUCACGCAGCUGCUCAGGGAUCUGCCUGAAGGACGAAUUGUGGCACUGGCUGUAGGAGAUUCAGCUGUUAAGAGUCUUCUGGAUGAGACCAAGAAGGCCAUUGAAGAGAGGCUGGGGAGCAGCUAUGUCUAUGAACUCAAGUACAGGCAGGCAUGGGCCCUGGUGUCAGUGGUUGGUGGUGGUAAUGCUUCUUGUUCAGAGGAUGUAAAGGAACAUGAAAACCAUGAAACUGCUGGCCAAGCUUGGGCAACACGCAACUUCACAACUGUCAAUGGAGUGGGCUUUUCUGUCAGUGCCUACAGUGAAUGGAAAAAUGGGGUUGCUAUCUCAGGCUUCCAGAUAGAUGCUCUUGACCAGGUUGUGUUGAAUCUUCAGGAUGAAGUACAGAAAAGUUGGAAACCUGGUGAUCAAGUGGUUGUGGCCAGUACUGACUACUCCAUGUACCAAGCAGAGGAGUUCACCCUGCUGCCCUGCCCUCACUGCAACAGCAGACAAGUUAGGAUACAAGGAAAACCACAGUAUAACCAUGUGGGAGAAAUUUUAGAUGGCAUUGAUAUGCGUGCUGAGGUCGCUCUACUCUCCAGAAAUAUUAUCAUCUAUGGAGAAAUGGAAAACGUUUGUUAUGGAGACAAUCUGUGCCAAUUCUUUAACCAUGAUACAUUUGGAGGCCAUAUCAAGAUCCUUGGUAACUUUUCCUCAGUUCAUCUUUCCCAUGUGGAGCUUAAGAACAUGGGCCAGCAGCGGGAGAGGGGCCGUUACCCAUUGCAUUUCCACAUGUGUGGAGACGUGGACCGGAAAGGAGGCUACUGGGAGCCCACAUAUGUAGAUGGACUCUCAAUACACCACUCUUUUUCACGCUGCCUUUCUAUUCAUGCCACCAAUGGUUUGCUGGUGAAAAACACAGUGGGUUAUGACACCCUGGGCCACUGCUUCUUUCUGGAGGAUGGUAUUGAACAACGAAACACUUUCUACCAUAACCUUGGCAUGCUCACACGGCCAGGGACUCUGCUGCCCACUGACCGCAAUGAGACGCUCUGCACAAGCAUCCGGGACAAAGUCUAUAAGGGCUAUACUCCCUCUCCCAGUACAGAAUGCAAGGCGGUUUCAACAUUCUGGAUUGCCAACCCAAACAACAACCUUAUCAGUAAUGCAGCUGCUGGUUCACAGGAUGCUGGCAUAUGGUUUGUUUUCCAUAGCACUUCCACUGGUGACUCUCAUGGACUAGUACCAGAAACCAAAGCAGAGCUCACUCCUCUUGGUGUUUUCUACAACAAUCGGGUACACUCUAAUUUUAAGGCAGGCCUCUUCAUUGAUAAAGGAGUGAAGACCUCCAAUUAUAGUGCUGCUGACCCCAGAGAAUAUCUGUGCCUGGACAACAAUGCUAGAUUUCGUCCUCAUGAAAAUGCUGAUCCAAGUCGACCUCGAGUGUCAGCUGUAAUUGACACAUUGAUCUCCUUCAAGAACAAUGACUUGGGCGCCUGGAUCAGAGGCGGUGACAUAGUCAUUCAGAACUCUGGUUUUGCAGACAACGGAGUGGGACUGUCCUUUGCUAGUGAUGGAAGUUACCCUAAGGAUGAAGGGUCCAGUCAGGAGGUGACACAGUCCCUAUUUGUAGGUGAAAGUCCAAACAGGGGAACCAUUGGGGGACAAAAUAAAUACUGGGGCCAAGGAGGAGUGGAUGGAAAGAAUAGGACGCUGCCCAGAAACAGGACGUUUCCAAUACGAGGAUUCCAGAUCUAUGAUGGCCCUGUACGGCUCACACAGAGUACUUUUCGGGGGUUUGUGCCCAGAGCUGAGCGCAACACCAGUGUAGUGGAGCGCUACACAAGUGCAGUGGGAUUUAACCUGAAGAAUACUUGGCAACUAACGCCCCGCAACAACUUGUCCCAGCUGGAAUUUCACCACACUGUGCGUCUGCGAGCAUUCUUUGGGCAUCCUGGUCAGUGGUUUGAGGAAAAUGACCUGGAUGGAGACAAGAACUCCAUCUUUCACGAUGUGGAUGGUUCAGUCACAGGUUACAGAGACACAUAUGUAGGAAGAGCAGACAAUUACCUAAUUCAGCAUCCAACCUGCAUCAGUAUACUGCGGUGGAAUGCAGUGGUUUGCAGUGGUCAAUAUGCUCAGGUGUAUAUACAAACUCAGGGAGCCCCCAGUCUUACCCUGUCCAUCAACCGAGAUGAAUAUCCAAAAUCACCCCUGGUACUGAGAGGGAUUAACCGCCAGGGGGCACUAUCACAGCAAUACCAGCCUAUCCUGAUGAUGAGCAAGAGCUACACGCUACACUGGAGUGGACCUGCUCCCAGAGAGGUGGUCCUUUCUCUGAUUAACUUCAACAAAGAUGACUGGGUUCUUGUGGGUUUGUGUUACCAACCUGACACAGCCUUUCAGAUCAUGGCUGACAUCAACGACAGACAAAGCAACACAUUUGAUGACCUCACAGACUAUGGCACAGUUUCAUCCCUUGAGGAGCUGCAAAAGAGGCCAAGAGAAAGAAAAUAUUUCUUUGAUCAAAACACAGGCUUGUUGUGGCUUUAUCUUCGGGCACGGCACAGCAGAGACGGUCACAGCUAUUGUUCUGUAAAAGGUUGUGAGAGAGUGAAGGUUCUGGCCACCACAACCUCCAAACAGACAUGUAACUGUACAACCAAAGCCUACCCCAAGUAUGAAAAGUCACCCUCCGCUACAGUGCCCAUGCCACCUCUGAGCACUGAGCCAUGCCAGAACUGUGGAGCUAAACAGACUGUAUUUUCCAGUGAACCAUGGACAGCUUAUCUCCAUACCCAAGUCAAGUCUCUCAGUAGCACAGAGCAGCAAAUGGGAGACAACAGCUCUUUCAUCACAGUGAACAAGGUAACCAUGGCCUUCUCUCAGUCUGGCUAUUUUGUGGUAUCUGUGGAUGCCUGUUCUGGUAAAGUGAUCAAGAACACCUUGUUUGGAAAAAUGGACUCCAAAAUGGAACAGCAUCUAAAAACAGGAAUACCAAAGAGGUCAAUAGUACUUAUGGCUACAAGAGGGCAAUUAGAUGGUGUGGCCAAGUUAGCACAGUAUCUAGUCUCCCUUGGUUUGGCCAAAGCUGCUCAUCUACAUGAUAAAGAGAGUGUGGCCCUCUGGGCUUUUCAAGGAGGUUCUACAGCACCUCCAUGGGUGAGACUUCAGGCCAGCCGGGGGACUGAUUUCUUGGGUGUUCAGGAGCGCUACCUGCCUCUGGCUUGGGCGUCGUAUGGAUGUCCACAGCCUAGUGCCCCAACACGCAAAGACCUAGAACUACUCAAAGCAGCCACAGAAACACAGUGACCAAUAUGAACCACAGAGAUAUUGUUGCACAAACUACACCAACACACAACCAGCUGAUGAAUGUGAACUUCUGAACCUUUAAUUUAUUAUAAAACAAACUGUAUACCAUUUCAAGAGGAAGGUAUUUGUAACUAGGAUUCUUUUUUAUGUUGUAAUUGAGUUUUGUAUCUUUAAAUCUUUAAUGAUGCUCAGCGCAGAUGACUCAAUGCACUUUCUGUUAAAGACACAACUUCCCCUUUACAAACUGAAAUGACCACAUCAUUAUUUAUUAAGUAUAACAAAAACUGAUACCAGUUUUACUGAAAAGGGAAGCAUACAUUUAAAAAAAAGUGCUAAACUCUUCUGUUCACAAAUGUUAUUUAUUAUCAAAGAGAUUUUAGCCUAACAAAGGAGAAGUACCACUGCAAGUGUCAUUUUACACAGCCUCUCCUUUAACAAUUCAUACAUAUGUAGUUGUAGUCGAUGACUGUAACACCAAAAUAUUGGAACUGGAAACCUGAUCAUCGUGCAGCUGCAAUCUACGUGUUAUAGCACCUUUAUGGAUUCCUACAUGGAUUUACUGGAUUAUUCCAUAUGUUCCUUUAUUUACAGUGCUGGCCACAGAGGCAGCAUUGGUGUAUGUAUAUAUGUGUAUACAAUAU